UUGAUGCUAGUUAGUGUUAGUCUCUAAUAUAAAGCGCAUCAUAUCACAACUUUUGUACCGCGUUGUGGUGCUGCUCUGCCUCCUCCUCCUCUUCCACUACGGGGAGUACCACCAGGAGUAGGAGCCACAGCCCGUACCUAUACUAAAACUCGGGGAUUUAGUAUCUCUCUCGGGUAUCGUCAUCCUCCUUGGCGUGCUCGUCGCACAGACGCAAACUCAACACAGAGUCGUCUACGUCGUGGACGUUGACGGGCGUGCACUUGACAAGAAUCACGUUUUUCAUGCUAUACCACGUUUGUAUAAAUAUACGAGUACAUGCGAGCAUAUAUUUAUGUUUAUUGAUAGUAAUAUGAAUAAUUAUCUGGUACAUCGUCGAGAAGAUAUUGCAGAUUUAUAAUUUUUAUUUUUUAUUUUAAUAUUUAUAUUAAUUAUUUUUUGUUAAAUUCAUUCGACACUUGUGAAUUUUUUUUUCGUUUUAUUUUUUAUUUAUAUUACAUACCGAGAUGAUUGUAAUAUUACUUAAGACUUUUUUUACUAACAGAAAUUAUGUGAAUGAACUUGAAUGUGAGUGACGGUGACACGAGUGCCUGUCGUCUCAGUAGUAGCUAGUGAAUAAAAACCGCGGUGACGUUUACCGAGUGCCUGGUAAAGAGAUAAAGAAGAUUAUUGUUGAGUUUAUUUAAAUAACAAGUGCCAGUUCCAGUGCUGAGGAAUUCUUUUUUAAUAAAUACUCCCAGGAUAUUGUUAUUAUUGUUAUUUAUUUUAUUUAUUUAUUGGAGUUUUAAUUAACAUAUAUAUCUAUCAAGGUACAUUGGUGGAAUUUCUGCACACGCAGCAUUCCGUUAACCAUGUGUACGCAUUGAAAAUUAUGGUUAUUAAUUACAAGAUACGAUUAAACAUGGAGUGGAUUUUGAUAAUGUUUAUUUUUGGUGCAGCUGGCUCAGUGGAAGUCCACUUCGAGAACAAGGACGGUGGAUUUUUCCUAAAGCACACACCGAGGCAAUACUACCCCUCAAGGAACUCGGACAACACAAUGUCACCAUUCGGGCAGGGAACAAGCGUGACAUCUUCAUCAUCAUCCUCCUCCUCGACACCAUCUAGUUCAAUCUUAUCGAUCGAUAAGUUCACCGUCUUCCAAACCAGCGAGCCAGCAUCUGUACGCGCCACCUACGGGCCGUUCAGUACAAAACAAACAGUUCCAGCGCGUUAUAUAGUUCCCGAUCCCUUGGAAACUCUACCUGGUCCAGAAAUGAGACGAAAUGUGACAGCUUCUUCAAGCUUGGCGAUGAUGGACGUCCAGGAUUUGGGCGCCAGGCACUUGGACAUGUCGGCUCACUUAGUGGGUGCCAGCGUGUCUCGAGAUUCUCCAGUUUUGAGGGUCCUGUUCCAUGCAGGAAGCGAAGCGGGAGGGAGAAGACAAUUAUUGGCCCGCCAUCAGCGCGUUUGUGUACUAUUGCAAGCUUCUCUUCCCGGAAAAAAUCCGCUAACAGCCGCUUGCAGUCCCGAUGGCGAGGACGGCGUCUGCUUGGCCCAGAUCACAAUUCCCGCCGAUUGGUGGCCCCCUCUACCGGCCCCAGACUCUUUAGGACACGUGAAAUUGACCAAAACUCCUCCUAGGCUGGUCCAGGUUGCUUACUCUGUGCUUGAACCAAGAACUGUGGUACUAAGUGACGACAUGCCCUUAGAUGGCGCCAGAACUGUUUCAGCGACUCCUGAGACCUCUGGCGGAGGUUGUCGGCCCAGGGUCCAGAUCCAGCCUGUUACGUCUCUGGGUAAAAUUCCGCUGGUGCCCAAUCGCGCGGAAUACAAGGAAAUAAAGGGUGAUGACUCUUUGAUGCUGCUGGUGCCUCACGGACCGCUUUAUCCCAGGUCGAGAUUGCACGUCCCGGUGUUUCUUUAUCUAAAAAAUUCAAUUGCCGAUACGACCGGGUCCUCGAUUGAAGAUAAAGAUGCUUUAGGACCUCCCAUUGUUGCUGUUGUUCUCAGAGCACGAGCUAAAUCGGGCGUGAGAAUAUUGGAUGCAUCCUCAAGCAGUCCUAAUUGGAUAUUAACCUCUGAUAUCAAUGGAAAAAAUACAGUAGCGACCUUUACUGUUAAGCGGAAACGUGACGAGCUUGAAAUUUCCAGUGAAUCGACGAACAACAGAUCCGCAGAGGAAAUAAUGACAAUGCUGCUGGAGGCGAGUGAGGAAGGAGACGGGAGCAGCAGCUGGGAUGAUGGGAGAAUAAUGUGGAGUGUAAGAUACACCUUGGAAGGAGAUGAAGAGGAUCUUGCUAUGCAAACACGUAGCGGAUCUUCCGAACAGAUGCAAUUGCAGCGUCAACAGCAGCUACAGCAUCACCAUCAUCAUCAUCACAUCGAGAAGAGGAAAUUCAGCGCGCGAUUGGAAAUUCAGAAGGAUGAUAUCCAAGCUGUUCUACCUAUUUCUAAGAAUUGGGAAGUUAUGAAUACCGCAGUGCUAACCGGUCGUCAAGUAUCCCAAGCGAUGAAGGUUUUCAUCGUCAGCCAGGCAGGAACAGUUGCCGAUGUAACGCUCCAGUCAUCCUGCCACUCUGAGGAUGAAAGUGUACUCAAGGUUUCAUCAUCAUGCAGCAGUGUCUAUGUAGACGGUUCUGAAAUCCGUGGCUCAAGCAACGCAUCAGUGCUUGUUAAAUACGGCACAUACACUGGAUUAGCAAGGUUUACUGUUUGGAUGCCGGAGUUUCCGCUAGAGGUCACUGUUACCGACGCAAGGUUGAGUCAAAUUAAAGGCUGGAAAGUCCCAGAGGGCCAUCCGGUCCAAAAAAAUAAGAGAAGUUUGAAUCAGACUGAUGAAUCUUCUGUUGAUGUCACCACCAGCGUUAAUAAUAAUAACAACAAUAUUAAUAAUAAUAAUGGCAGGAGACGCAGACGAAGAAGAACAAGUCUCUCGGGACUAGACUCGCUAGAUAAUAAUGAAGACACGAUUAAUCAAGAUAACGAAGACGAGGAAGAAGAAGAAGAGGAGGAUGACGAUGAGAUUGAUGACGUGGAAGUUGAAAGAUUCCGGGAUGACAGGUGGGACGCGGUUAAUUCGAUCGAUCGGUCACUCCAGACCGCAUGCAGAUUGCGGUUCCAGCAAAGCCCUGUGGAGGUCCACGCCAGGUUUCUGGCCGCGGGACAUGACAGCGGACGUGAGUCCUAUUUUGUCAAUAGAAGGACCUGGUUGAGAGUGACUGACCUGGUGGUGGGGCUGGUCAGAGUUUCGGAUCCCAGGAUCGCGACUCUGCUGCAGGACAGGAUCGUCCAGGGACGAGGAGUUGGGAGAACCGAGGUCCAGGUCCUCUCGCCGAUUACUGGAAGGGUCAUUGGAGCUAAAGAGAUCAGGGUGGGAAAUGACAGGGUUUCUAUUGCAAGGUUAUCUGUCAAGGUCGUUUCGGGGCUGCAAUUAACGAUUAGUCCGGAUAGUGCAAUUGAAAAUGGGUAUGUUGCUGAAACCAGUGUUACUAGGAGGCUCACCGCUCAGUAUCAGGAAGGACUUCUGGAUAUCGACAUAGAGUUCACAGACUCGACGAAGACGCCCCUUAGAGAGAUUGCGGUGAGCGAUUAUCAUCUGACGGUAGAGAGUUUGGAUCCGGAGGUGGUGGCUUUCGCGCCAAUGGUGGCCUCGCACCAUCCAAGAGUGAUAGCAGUUGGAGAAGGUCAUGGGGAUCUCUUGAGAGUGACUCUUUCUCUCGCUGAGGCAUGCAGGAUGUCGGGGACGAAUGCCGGCAGAAGAGCAAAAGGAUCAAGGACAAACACUAGUGGACAGGGUGCUACCCAAGCGCUGGCUACUGCGACGGCGAACGUCGAGGUUGAUUUUGCGUCUAGCGACCUUCCCCAUCGACCGGAAUUCGUCCAGAACGACGGUGGGGGAACCGUUCAAGGUGGCUCCUCUCACCACCACCGCGAGCGAAAAACAGGACGUGAGGUUGCUCCUGAUUUACAUGAUAUACUCAUUGGCGGCAUAGGCGGAGUAGGAGUGCGUCAUCACAAUGCCAGCCACAUGACACCCUUAGAAAUCGGAAUGUACGUCCUACUAGCAGCGUUUGGGUUCGCUAUUUUGGUGUUCGUGAUAUCAUGCGUGGUGUAUGCCAGCAAAUUCAAACCCCAUCAAUCAGACUCACCAUUACCGAGCAUCCCGAUGUUAGGGGCUGUCAGGGCGCGAGCCGCCGCUGCUAGCCAACAAUUGGCAUCUGCUCGUCGGCCCCGUGAGUCCACCACCAAUGCCCACGACUGGGUCUGGCUUGGUAGGGCAACUCUUGAACGAGCUGCUUGUGCUCCUCAACAGGUAAGGGUGACAAAUAACCCUCUGGCAGGUGAAGUUGACGAAGAAGCGGGUGACUUAGGAACGAGUUUUGACAAUCCAAAUCACAUAGAACUGCCAGCGACAGGGAAUCGCGUAACUGUCACACCUAUUGAUUCCACAACUUAUUGCAAACGUGACAGAGUUCGCAAUUACAUGCAGAAGAAUGAUACCACCAAAACCCAAGUUUUAGCGGGUGCUAUCACUUCUUCCACGCGCAACGGACGUUCCCGUUAUAGAAACGAUGCGAAAGAUGUUCCACCCCCUCUACCUCCCCACGGAGUGACAUCGCCAUCUGCCGGAACAGUUGGAACAGCGGACCAGGCGAACAACAACAACGAGGACUACAAACCGCCUGUUCCUCCUCACAGGAACACCGGAGUGACAGCUCGUCUUCCCGAAACACCAAAGAAACACCAGCACCGCAGUCACCACGGGAACCACCGACACGUCAAGCAUCACCACCACCACCAUCACAAGAACCACUCGAACAACGUCAAGCCGAGUUCGAAAAACGAGGAGGCGCAAACUGUCGACGACGAGGAGUUCGUUGAACUCAGGAAACCCGGCUCGGGUGCCUCCGGAGACUCCAAGCCCAGGGAGAUUGUUCCCCGCGAGAUAAAGCGCGCGACAAUCGUCGGAAACCCGAUGUUCUCCUCUAAUCUUUCCAGUUCUUCAUCAUCGAGCUCGUCUUCCACGGUAUCCAACCACGAGCUCGCCGAGACAAUGGCCGCCUUGGAAACUCCGGCCCUGGAAGACCUUAACCUUGGUAUGGACUACAACCAAAUCAUGCAAUAUUUUGAUAAUUUGAAGGAAUCGAACGCCUAGGUAACAGCCCGGCUGCACGAUCUAGUUGACUGGGCAAAGUCUAUCUAAUAUCCUAGACGUUAUCUGUCAGGUGCAGCCACUAAUCCUUAUCAAGGUUCUCCUUUCCAUCAUACACAGACUAUCAGUAUUUAUUAAUGCUAAUGCAUACACUGAUUUAAAGAUUUGCUUGGUUCAAGAAAAUUAUUCUAAGAACUGGAUUUUUUCCUUCAUAUAUUUCUUGAACUUACUGAUAUGAAAAUUAAAUUGAAUCAAGAGAAAAAAAAUUUUGAUUUAGAAUCAUUUUGGAGAAUUUGAUUGGUUUGAAUUAAGAACAAAAAUUCUUCGAUAAAGUCAAAUUUAAUUAAGCCCAGAACAAUUUCUUGUUUCAAGAACUUUUUUGCACUGAUAACAAAAUUUAAUUGAUUAA